AGAAAUAGCCAUGUUUCCCUCCUUCUCAACUCCCCACAAACUCACAUGGACCCACAGAACUCCACCGCCACCGGCACUCCUCCAAUCCCCUCCUCCUCUGAAACACCACAACUCCCACCCCCCCAGCCCCAAUCGCAACCUCAGCCGCCGUCCUCCUCCGCCUCAGCCCCUUCAACCUCCGCCCCAAUCCCUCCGUCUCCGUCUCCGUCUCCGUCUCCAAACCCUAACCCUAAACCCUCAACCGCAUCAUUACCACCGCAGUCCCUCCCAGCCCCUGCUCAUACUCGACCUCCCCCCACAUUGAAUCGCCCAUGGCCGCAGCCGCCUCACUACUCCCACCACUACCCCUCCCCUUCUUCUUCCGCUUCCUCUGUGCCUCCGGCGCCGUCGGUCUCCGGGCCUCCUCCGAGGGGCGGCAUUGCCAUUGGUGUCCCGGCGCACCACCCUGGCCCCUCUCCCCCUCAGCCCACUCCGUAUACCUCAUCUUACGGCCAUUUCGGCGGCAUCGGCCGCGGCGGCGGUGUUGGUGUGCCUGAACCCUCAUCCAAUUCCAAUGCUUCUCAGGUGAGACCGGUGAGACCGCCGAUGCCAGGAAUGCAGGGAAUGGGGAUGAUGGGCUCGCUUGGUUCGACUUCUCAAAUGCGCCCAGCUGGGAUUUCUCCACACCAUCCACAGAGACCUGUUCAAUCUCCUCUUAGGCCACCAUCUACCGCAAGUAAUCAGUCCCCUACUUCCCAAAAUUUCCAAGGGCAUAACCUUUCAAGAGCCUCAUCAUUGGGAUCUCCUAGUUCACCAAAUACAUCUCAAGUUUUACCGCUUCAUAAUCAGCCAUGGUUAUCUGGAUCACAAGGGAAGCCUCCUAUACCUUCCUCUCCGUAUAGGCCGCAGAUGACCUCGACAUCGAUGCUGCAAAGAUCACAUCUUCCGCAGCCGCAGCAGCAACAACAACAACACCAUCCCCUUCCUACUGCUACACAGCAACAGCAGCAAGGACCCAUGCCUACAGCUUCACCACAACAGCAUAUGCCAUCUGUACAGCAUCAACAACCUUCCUCCUCACAUCAAGGACAUGACCAUUUUGGGCAACAAACUCAACCAUCAAGGAUCCCACAAGCUUCACCGCGUCAGCAACAAAAUUCAAGGGUCCAGGUCCCAGUAAACCAGAAGUCUUCCCCACUUGCAGCAGCACAGCCUAACACAGUCCAAUCAGCACCGCAAAAUAGAAUCACUAGUGCAGAAACUGAGGAACCUUGUAACAGAAUUCUUAGCAAAAGAACCAUUCAUGAUCUAGUCAACCAGAUUGAUCCAUCGGAGAGAUUGGAUCCAGAUGUUGAAGACAUUCUCAUGGACAUUGCAGAUGAAUUUGUAGAAUCUAUUACAACAUUUAGUUGCUCACUAGCCAAGCAUCGGAAAUCAACUACAUUGGAAGCAAAAGACAUACUCCUACAUCUUGAAAAAAAUUGGAAUAUAACUCUUCCUGGUUUUGGUGGUGAUGAAAUUAAGGGCUACAGAAAACCGAUUACAAAUGAUAUUCACAAGGGGCGUCUUGCUGCUAUAAAGAAGUCCAUGGUAGCUACUGAGACAGCAAAUACGAGGAGUACUGCAGGGCAAGCUACUGGAAAUGCAAAGGGUGGUGUAAAGGCGCCUGCCAAUAUAAGCUCCCAAAAUAUCAAAAUGCGUGAAGUUACUUGAUACUGUUUCGAGCAUAUCUGAUAAUGAAAAUAGGUCAGGCAGCAAGUUUUGAUGCGGACUGUGGGCCAAAAUCUGCCCUCGAGGUACAGACAGUGAAUUUCAAAGCAAGUAUACGACUUGCAUACAACUGAUUGAUGCAUCCUGACCCUUUUGGAUCAUGAACCGACACCAACCAGUUGUGUGGUCAAAACUUUACGGCAGGUUUUUAACCCUUUUCAAGUUUUGCAGAGGGCCACUGCCGUGUAAAUGGGGUUAACUAUGAACUAUGAAAGUGAAGGAUGAUACAUGUUAUCUGUUGCUUUGCUCUGGCUCCAAUUGGGCAAAUCAGUUUUUGUAUGUGUUGGUAAUGAUGGAAAUCCUGAAAAAUCAUUACAUCCUAAAUUCCAUUUUGUAAGUAGAUGCUCACUUUUGAACCAAAAGGUUCUUGCAUUGUUU